UGCUGCUCCUGCCUGACGUGUACCGUGACUUGCUGGAGGAUUGCUUGAUUAUUUUGCUGAUAGUGUGAGGGUAAAAAUCAACGCUCGAAGCAGGUUCGACAUGGCAGAGGCAGGUAAUAGGUUUCCUACUGCUGUUCUCCAAAACUUCGGUGAUGAAUCUCCUACUGAAGUUAUGUGUGGCCGGGAUGUAAGCGAAGCCAAAGACCAGCCAAAAGCGAGCAAAGCCAGUUUGGUCAGUCAACCAAAAUUAAAGACUUGGGGGAAACCCUACAUGUGUGGUGAAUGUGGGUACAGCACAGGUCGGCAAUCUAAUUUAUCCAGACACAUGAGAACACACACAGGUGAAAAGCCCUACAAGUGUGACCAAUGUGACUAUUCUGCUGCACAGAAGUCAGCCUUGAACCAACAUCUAGCCAUGCACACUGGUGAAAAGCCUUACAUGUGUGGGGAAUGUGGGUACAGGGCAACUCGAAAGUGUGACUUAUCCAAACAUAUGAGAACUCAUACUGGUGAAAAACCCUACAAGUGUGACAAGUGUGAUUAUUCUGCUGCACAGAAAUCCACAUUGGACAGCCACCACCUUGCAACACACUCUGUUACGAAACCCUAUAUCUGUGGAGAGUGUGGAUACAGGACAGCUGAUAGGCGUCACCUAACCAGACAUGUAAAAAUCCAUACUGGUGAAAAACCAUACAAGUGUGACCAGUGUGAUUAUUCUGCAGUACUGAAACAUCAUUUGGACAUCCAUCUUGCAAAACACAUCGGCGACAAGCCCUUUAUGUGUGGGGAAUGUGGGUACAGGACAAAUCAAAAGUGUCACUUAUCCAACCACAUGAGAACCCACACUGGUGAAAAACCCUACAAGUGUGACCAGUGUGACUAUUCUGCAGCACAGAAAUGCUCCUUGGACGUACAUCUAGCAAAACACAGCGGUGAGAAACCGUACAUGUGCGGGGAGUGUGGGUACAGGACAGCUGACAAGCGUCACCUAAACAGACAUAUGAGAAUUCAUACCGGUGAAAAACCCUACAAAUGUGACCAGUGUGAUUAUUCUGCUGCACGGAAACAUCUUUUGGACAUUCAUUCCGCAAAGCACACCGGCGACAAACCCUACAUGUGUGGGGAAUGUGGGUACAGAACAACUCAAAAGUGUGAUUUAUCCAAACAUAUGAGAACCCAUACUGUUGAUAAACCCUACAAGUGUGCCCACUGUGACUAUUCUGCAGCACAGAAAUCCACAUUGGACAAUCAUCUAGCAAAACACAGCGGUGUGAAACCAUUUAUGUGCGGGAAGUGUGGGUACAGGACAGCGCAAAGGUCUAACUUAUCCCGACAUAUGAGAAUUCAUAACAGUUAGAAAAACCAUACUGUAACACCUGUGUUUUGCCGCUCCAAACAAAGUCUAUUUCUGCUGGCUUGAGGUUUAACAUAAAUAUUAUCAUUGUGAGUACAUGUUUUUAGCAGCUGUGAAAAAAAUAGUUUUUCAUGUACAGUAGCUAAACACACCACUUGAAAACAAUAGCUCGAAAUGUCUUAUCAUGAUAGGUGCACCUCACCUGAUAAUUUAGGGUAAGCAAGCAAUACAAAAAAGGUUUUAUCGAUUUUUUCUGAUACUUAAGUUUUAAGAAGAAUCUUUAUGCUGCUGUACAAUA